GAAAAAAAAAUAGUGAAUAGUGACCCAAGACAGGAAUAUUUUAUUAACGCUCUACCGGUUUGCUAAAUAUUUAUGUGGCAUGUUGUAUAAUUUAAAAACAAUAAAAACUAGGUGACGACAACGUACAGCUGUUCAGGAAGAUAGGCUAAAUGGCGUCGUUUUCGUUCGACACGAAUUUCAACGAAAAGCGAACAGCGUCUCGAAAAUAUCGUGACGUUAAUCGCCAACCGAACAAAGAUUAUUCCGAAGAUGACUACGAAACUUCUGACUUAGAUUUUGUCUAUGACGACGCCGACACCCAUGCCAAUGAAAUUGCAGAGCUGUAUAGCUAUACGGAAAAACAUGAGCUCACGUAUAAUCUCAAAGCAUUCGAGGAGCAGAUGGAACAGUAUAACCUGCUCGCCUGGUGGCAAACGCAUCCAACCUCACAGCAGAGAUCCAUAAUUUACAAGCUGCUGAACCAGCUCGAAGUGUCGAAUAAGCAGAUCAGAAUGAAAGCUGCCUGUUCGAUCCUGUACCUGGCUCAAGGAUCCUGGGCAGAAGUACAGUCGGACAAGGAACAACAAGACUGGACAAGGAAGAAUGUCAUGCUGCUGUACGAGGCUGGAGUCUUUCCAGCGUUUGUGGAAUUGCUCAACAUCGAGAUUGAAAACAGCGCAGCGGCCACAUCAGCUUCACGGAAGUUGGCUGUGAGUUUGGCAGAUUCGGUCGACCUCCGCGUGAUUCUAUCCGUUCUUUACAUCAUUACCGAAGUGAUGAGGGUCGAAGCUCUCGACAUAGAGAACAGUCCUUACAAAAAAAAUGUUGAAGCUUUCAAGGAAGAACUCAUAAAUCCAUACGGAGAAGAAUUACUAGCAGUGAAACUCCUCGGAAUGGCAACGAGGUUCUGUAGCGGUUCGGCGUCACAUUUCCCUAUGAAAAAGGUCCUUCUACUUCUCUGGAAAGUUAUUCUGGUGUCUCUUGGCGGCAUUGAAACUUUAAGGGAAUUAAAAGCCACUUACAGAGCGGAGGCUGGAUUGGAUAUUCAGGAGGAAGAUACGAUAGAAAUCGCCAAGGGAAUGAGAUCCUGUUCGCCACCUGCUAGUGCUGCCGAUCUGCUCGAAACACAGAAUCAGAAAAGAAGCAACCGAUCUUUUCGUAGAAUGCUGAUGAAACAGAGUUCGUUGGACGAGCCAGAAUUGGCGAUAGACUUUGAUGGCGCCAGGGGAAAUUCGGGACAAGAGUCUAACUAUGAUGACGAAGGUUUUGAAGAUCAGAUACAGUUUUCAACUCCCCAACAUAAUCAGACUGAGUCAAGAUCGAGUACUCCGGAAUCUACAAAAGCAAAAGUGGGACUCCCAUGGACUCCUAAAGUAAGACAAAAGGACGUAGACACAUUUUUAGCUGUUUCAAGAAUGAAAUUCGUCGGUUACAAACUGCAAGGGGAUCGUGAAAGCUUGGCUGGCCUACCACAGCCCAUUCACGAAGGUGUAAACACCCUGAAAAAGCACAUGUACACGUCCCUGGCUGAAAUUCAGAUUCAAAAGGAAGAAGAAAUGGCUAGAAAUCCAAUGAGUACACCCGAGCCAAUGCCACGUCAGACGCCAACUGAAAUCUUAUACCAAGCAAUUCUGGCUAAUCUUCCGCAGUACAAAAUCGCGCUCUUAAAAAUACUGCUAGCAGCUGCACCAACGAGCAAAGCCAAAACCGACACAAUUAACAUUGUGGCUGACGUGCUGCCGGAGGAAAUGCCAAUAACUGUACUGCAAUCAAUGAAGCUGGGAAUUGACGUCAGUCGUCACAAAGAAAUAAUCGUCAAAGCCGUAUCAGCGAUAUUACUAUUGCUGCUGAAACACUUUAAACUGAACCAUGUUUAUCAGUUCGAAUUCAUGUCCCAGCAUCUGGUAUUCGCAAACUGCAUACCAUUGGUUUUGAAAUUUUUGAAUCAAAACGUGAUGACUUACAUCGAAGCGGAAAACUUCAUUCCAAUCUUAGAUUUCCCCUCAUGCGUAAUUGGAGAUCAGCCCGAACUUACUGCAGAAACUCUUGAAAUUGGAGAUGGAAAGCCUUACUGUUGGCGCAACAUAUUUUCCUGUAUCAAUCUUUUGAGAAUCCUGAACAAACUCACCAAAUGGAAGCACAGCAGAAUAAUGAUGCUCGUGGUGUUUAAAUCCGCACCAAUAUUGAAGCGCACUUUGAAAGUGAGACACGGAAUGAUGCAGCUGUACGUUUUGAAGCUUUUAAAAAUGCAGACUAAGUACCUAGGCAGGCAAUGGCGAAAAUCGAAUAUGAAAACAAUCAGUGCGAUUUACGGCAAAGUCCGACAUCGCCUAAACGACGAUUGGGCUUACGGCAAUGAUCUGGAGGCAAGACCGUGGGAUUUUCAGGAGGAAGAGUGCGCGUUGCGCGCUUGUGUGGAUCGCUUCAAUAACCGUCGAUACACAAAUAACGUUAGAGACAAAGAGAUGGAACCGAUGGAUACGUUUGUCACGUCGGUUUUAGGUUCGGACGUUGAACUCACAGAGGAAUUCAAACAACACUACGAGUUGUGGUUACAGCAGGAGGUUUUCCAAGCUAGCAUUAAUUGGGACGAAUUGUUACAGUCUUCAAACUAUGAGGUGUAAGGAUUAAAUUAUUAAUUAAAUUAUAUUCAUUAAAAACAAUUACGUAUCGAUAUAAAUCUUGGCAUCCAAGUAAAUAAAUCGUAGGUCAUAGGUCGACAUUGAAAUUCACGUAAUCCUGUGUAUGGCUAGUCCGGAGUCAAAGAAUCCCUGUGACAAGUUUUUUGUUUUUCAAUUGUAAAUAUUAUGUAAUGAUCAAUACCUAGUAUUAUUUAUAUUCAUGUAUGCAGAAUGUAUAUUUAAGCUCAACAGUUGGCCCGAAAAUUAUAAUCCGACCGAGCUUGUAUCAUAACCGACUUUUCAAUUUUCUGUUAUUCUUGUUUUUCGGAAUUGUUAUUAUUAGUGUUGUUAUUAUUAUUAUUCAACUUUAUAAUCAUAUCAAUUGAUUCAACUAUCGCGACCGCCCCCUGACGAUUUCACGUUUCCUUGUUUUUCCUUUCUCAGCUUUUAAAUAUGCUCAGAUGAAAACGUUCACGGCGAAAUUAUUCCUGGCUUUUUAUAAGCAUGUUGAACGUCGAAUUCACUCCCACGUUAGUGUUAAUUGCAAAAAAAAGUAAUAUUGUUACUAUUUUGUUUUUUCUUUGUUCGCUUUAUCUUUUAAUUAUCCAAUUGACCACUGCUCCAGUGAUAAAGCCAGAAAUUCGUCUAAAGAUCUUUCGUGUUUUUCAGCAGUGCAUAAUUACUUAUAUCUAAACGCAUCAAAUUCGUUAGGCAGUUUUGUUUUUAACUCAACGAUAUUAUUUGACAUGAUUUACACCUGAAUAUUUUUUUUUUGUUUUUGUUUUUAUCUUGCGCAAGUAUUUAAUUUAUCUACACAAUAAGUAAAAUGAACUAAACUCC